AUGGAAAAACAAGCAACUGUCUACGUCGUCGAUUUAGGCAAAUCCCUGGGAGACUGUCACCAUGGACGCGUGGAAACCGACCUCGAAUAUGGUAUGCGAUAUGUCUGGGAUAAAAUCACGUUGACGAUGUCUACUGAUCGCAAAACUGAUGGGAUUGGUAUUGUUGGUUUUCGUACUGAUGAAACGGAUAAUGAAUUGCAUAGUGGUGGAGAAGAGGGGUAUGCGAACAUAUCUGUAUUGAAGCAUCUUGGUCAAUUUCAGAUGCAACAAUUGGAGGAAGUGAAAGAGGCUGUCAAACCUAGUAGUACUGAUGAUGGAGACGCCAUAUCGGCGAUUGUUGUUGCGAUGGAAAUGAUUAAAAAGCAUACUACGCUGAAGAGUGGAAAGCCAGGCAAGUAUGCCAGGAAGAUCGUUUUGAUUACGGAUGGCAAUGGAUUUAUGAACGGCGAGGAGCUUGAUGAUAUUGCAAAGGAAGUCAACAACAAUGAUAUUAGACUAGUCGUCAUAGGAGUCGACUUUGAUGAUGCAGAGUAUGGGUUUAAAGAGGAAGACAAAGAUCUGGUCAAGUCUGAAAAUGAAAAACUACUCAGAUCUUUCACAGAGAAAUGUUCGGACGGAACUUUUGGUACCACAGCUGAAGCAAUUGAAGCCCUCGCAACACCUGUAGUCAAAGUCACAAGAGAGUAUAAUACUUACACAGGACCACUCACUCUAGGAGAUGUGAAGAAAUAUCCCGAAACAGCUGUAUCGAUAGAUGUUGCUCGAUAUUUUAAAACAAAACAAGCCAAACCUGUUUCCGCAAAGAGUUUCGUUGAUCGAGUGACAGAUGAACCGAUCGAUGUCGACCUAACAGACGCUGAUCAUCUUACCUCAGUCACACAAGCAAGGACUUAUAAAGUCAAUGAUCCAACCGCACCGGGUGGUAAGAGAGAUGUCGAAAAAGAUGCUCUGGAAAGGGGCUACGAUUAUGGCAGCACUAUUGUUCCUAUUAGUCAAUCGGAUGAAAGUGUUACAAAACUUCAGACAAUAAAGGACUUCUCGAUUAUGGGAUUUGUGCCAAACGAUUACGAGAGAUAUCUCAACAUGGGAGAAAGUUGCAUCACUAUUGCUCAAAAGACAAACGAGAAGGCAAGAAUGGCAUUGUCGUCUCUCAUCCGUGCUCUCCAUGAGCUCGACUCGUGUGCUGUGGCUAGAAUAGUCAAGAAAGAUGGAUCAGACCCACUAAUUGUACUUCUUGCUCCCCUCAUAGAACCUGGUCUAGAGGGACUCAUUGAUGUGCCCCUUCCAUUUGCAGAAGAUGUACGGACUUAUCGUUUUGCACCUCUUGACAAGGUUCUCAAUAGCUCUGGUGGCAUCAUGGAGAAGCACAAAAACCUUCCGAGUAACGACUUGAAAGCUGCGAUGAGUGAAUUUGUUGAUAGUAUGGAUCUAUCAACAGCCGGGAAGGAUGAUGACGGUGAAGCAGCGGAAUAUAUGGCCAUCGAGGACACCUACUCUCCUGUCCUUCAUCGUAUCAAUCAAGCUAUACGCAGACGUGCUGUCAAGCCAGAUGAAGGCAUACCUCCCCCUCCAGAUGUUCUAACAAAAUGGUCACAUCCUCCCACUGAGCUUGUCAAAAAAUCAAGUAGCCAGCUUGAGAAGCUAAUCGAAGCAGCCGAUGUCAAGAAAGUUCCUGCCACAGCCAAAGCCAAACGUAAUAGAGAAGUCGUCAAACCUCUUUCAGGUCUCGAUGUAGAAGCUCUCCUCGGCCGAGAAAAACGUCAAAAAAUCACCGUAGAGAACGCCAUCCCAGAAUUCAAACGAGCCCUUUCAAGCACUGAUUCCACAGAUAGCGUCGUCAAAGUUACUCGAGAAAUGGGCGAUACUGUUCGUACACUGCUCAAACGAAGUACCGGGAAUUCUACCUGGGACCAAGCUGGAGAGUAUUUGAGGACUAUGAGAACUGAACUUAUUGAACUCAUUGAACCGAACAUCUACAAUAAUUUCAUUGAGAAAUUCAAGAAGCAACUCCAAAAUGGAGAUUUUGAUAAGUCGUUUUGGUUCGACGUUGUGAGGAAGAAUAAAUUGGGUUUGAUUCAUGGGGGUGAAGCAGAUAAUACCGAGAAGACCGAGGAUGAGGCUAGACAGUUCUACCACUUGAAUACUGGAGAGCUACCUAAUCGCGGAAAGAUAUGA